GUGGUAGGUGCGUUUUACACUGAAAUGUUCACAUUCUGGGGGGGAGGCGUAGAACCCCACCUGCCCUAAAGUUGCUUUGAAUUCAGGGGACGAUAGUGGACCUUCUGUCCUGCAAAAAAGGGCAGUGUUGCUGCAGAGCGUAUUAGAUUCAAUGGGGAGGUACCUAGGUACAUCAGCUAGGCUUCAAGUUUCAAUCCUUUAAUCAGAUCAGCCUACCUUCACUGCCUCAUAACCUCACCUAAUACUAUAGGUAUCUUUAUAAUUGCUACAACUUUUCCCCCCUUAUCGCAUUAGGUUUUCUCUUCUUCAUUGAGCUGUAUGCUCUUCAAUUAAAUACUUGUUCCUUAUCUUAUUAACCCUUCUAUUGUCUACGGCCAAUCAUGUCUGGUCGCUUCGUUCGAGCGUCCAAAUACCGACAUGUCUUCGGCAAAUCUACACGCAAAGAGUUCUGCUAUGACAAUCUACGUAUAAGUCGAAAUGCUUGGGAUACCAACUUGGUUAAGGCCAAUCCAGAGUAUCUCUCCGUCAAUUGGGAAGCCAGUGGCGGAGGUGCUUUCGCUGUUAUCCCCUUAGGCGAAAAGGGCAAGGUCCCCGACGUUAUUCCUCUGUUCCGUGGCCAUACUGCUGCCGUUCUCGAUACCGACUGGAACCCUUUUAAUGAUCGUCUAGUCGCAUCAGCUUCCGAGGAUGGCAAAGUGAUGUUAUGGCAAGUGCCCCAGGGCUUUACCUUGUUGACGGACGCCGAAGAACCAGCUGAUGUGUCUCCUGUCGCCAAACUGACUGGUCAUUCGAGAAAGGUUGGCCAGGUCCUGUUCAACCCCGCCGCCGAGAAUAUCCUUGCUUCUGCAUCUGGCGACCUCACGAUUAAAAUAUGGGAUAUUGGUGCUGGCUCCCCCGUUCAUACGCUGAAGCACCCGGAUAUUGUCCAAAGUCUGUCCUGGAAUGCCAGUGGUACGAUGCUAGUUACAACAUCGAGGGACAAGAAAUUGCGUGUAUGGGAUGUACGACAGGAGCGCCCUGCGCAUGAAGGUCCCGGCCACGAGGGUGCCAAGAACAGCCGGACCGUGUGGCUUGGAGAACAAAACAGAUUUGCUACAACUGGUUUCUCGAGAAUGAGUGAUCGUCAACUUGCCCUUUGGGAGCCUGGCAACAAUACUCCUAUUGGCGGGUUCAAAACUCUUGACAGUAUUUCUGGCGUUUGCAUGCCUUUCUGGGACGACGGCUGUAACUGUUUGUACCUCGCUGGAAAGGGUGAUGGUAAUAUCCGCUACUUCGAGUACGAGAAUGACAAAUUCGAGUUCCUCUCGGAGUACAAGUCUGUGGAUCCCCAGAGAGGUAUUGCCUUCGUUCCCAAGCGCGGAGUUAAUGUUCACGAGAAUGAGGUUAUGAGAGCCUACAAGACUGUUAAUGAUGCAUACAUCGAGCCAAUCUCCUUUACUGUACCCCGCCGUGCUGAAACGUUCCAAUCGGAUAUUUUCCCACCAGCUGCCGGCAUCAAACCCGGCGUUAGUGCCAGCGAUUGGCUUUCAGGCAAGAGCGGCCUACCCCCGAAGAUUGAUUUUGAAAGUAUCUACGAGGGCAAUGCUCCUGUCGAAGUCCCAGCUGACUAUAAACCGCCUGCUUCUACCCCUGCUCCUGCUCCUGCUCCUGCUCCUGCCCCCGUAUCUAAGCCCGCCCCUAAGAAAGAACCGGAGUCAACGCCGGCACCACCUCCCACGAUCAAGGAACAGAACCGCUCUAUGGCAUCGAUCGCUUCCAAGUACGACGACAACGACGAAGGAGAUGAUGAUGAGACUUCUAGUUUCGAAGAAAUUUCAAAGCCAGUACAACGUAGCGCAAUACCAGCAAAAUCCGAACCGAAACCCCCUUCUCCGACCAAGACCACAUCAGCAGCACCACCAAAAGCCUUACCAUCCCUCAAAUCGCCAACGUAUGCGCCAGCGGCCUCUACGGCAGUUCCCGCGUCGCCUGGCGGCUCGGGUGUUGAGACAACCUUGGAACAAAUCAAACAUCUAUUGGAGACUCAAACAAAGAUGAUUAGUGUGCAAGGUCAACAGAUCAACCAUCUGACAACCGAGGUGGACGGUCUAAAGAAGAAAGUGGGAUCUGGAUCACAGGAUCAGAGUGAGCGCAUUCGGCAGCUAGAACUCGAGUUAGAAGAGUUGAAGUCAUGAUGUGCACCAUGGUUGUGUAGGAAUAUAGUGGUGGUAAUUUAGAAGUGGCGCUCUGGGGUUGCGCAGUCAAUUCAAUGGAUAACGAUCUUGAUGAGGGUUGUACGUACAGUUAGUCUUAAAACGUCUUGUACUAGGGGAUAUGUCGACGUUCCUCAAAUUCCCUGGUGAGGCGCGUUUGCAUUUAUACCUAUCAAACAACAGAAUUGUUCGCUCAUGAGAGCAGGUGAGGUGAAUACUUUGGAGUAUAUACCUAUCAUGUUAUUAUCAAGCAGGUCUUUUUACACAUACAAUUCUUGGAGCGAUAUUUGAUGGAUGGCUAUGUGAUUUUUGUCUAUUUUUUUGAACUCCCUUGUUUAGCGUUCCAUGCUACACAGUCAUCGAACUUGACUCCUGUGCCACCAAAGCAAUCUAGUGCGCUACCUAUUGUUAGGUCCACUUUUCCAUUGCUCAGUUUCUUGACCAAUUCUAGGUCGUCGAGAUUUCUCCCGCCACCGGCAUACGUUACAGGUAUGCUACACCAUUCGGCAAGUCUCUCAACGAGUUUCUCGUCAAUGCCUUUCUGUAAACCCUCGUUGUCGGCGGCGUGGAUGAGAAAUUCGGAGCAAUAUGGUUCCAGAGAUUUUAUAGAUUCUGCACAAGUAGCAUUAGACCUCCGAGUCAUAGUUAUAAUAUUCUUCAUUAGAUAUAAUGAUGGGAGUAGAUGUUAAUAUACCUUGGUUCACUUCCAUAUCUGUA